AUGGUCACAACACCGCGCAAGCAACGCUCGUACAUCAUAGCAGAGAAGCGGGGAGCGCUUCAGCUCAUUGAUGCUGUUGGAGAAGCUGCUGCGCUGCGGCAGUUAGGGUACCCUCGACGUAAUCUGCGCGAUUGGGCUGCCAAAAAGGCCAAGAUCUUCGACUACCGAGGCGCUCAGACUAGCAAGACGCUCAAGGGACGAGGUAGGAAGGAAAUCAUCCCCUUUUCUCAUGCACUGGUAACGUUUAUGAAGGAUAUGAGACGAGAUGAAGAGCCACUUUGCACGCAGUACAUGCUUAAAUAUAUCAAGCUGAACUAUCAAGAUUGGCUUGUACAGUACUUAGAGUCGAAGAAGAGUGAAGAAAGCGGGUAUAAUGCAAUAAUGAGAUUGCUGCAGAGGUUUGCAAAACGGUACGAUGAUCUAAAUGUUUUUUUUGUUUUUGAUUUUUUUGGGGGGUAG